UUCGAAAUGUGCUGGACUCGGGACGGACAGCUGAGGCAACAGUAGCAAACGUUGGAAGCUCUUCAGGUGAUUUCCUUGAAAUUCCGUCAUGAAAUGGGGACUUUCACAAAGUUAUUCCAGGACCAUGGGAAUACAAAAUCCAGUGGAACGAUUCCUACUGUGCCUUAUUCCUUCUAUCACCUUAUUAACGACCAGUGGCUAUUGUCAAAUGGGAAUGCCCCCGGAGUGCGCUCCAGGGGGACACACGCUUCUUCAGAACCCCUAUCGGAGUGUCAGCUUCAACUCUCAGCGGCUGCAGCAUUCCUCCCUGCAGGACUUCAUCUGCGAUCACUCCCUCACUCCUGGCUGGUAUCAGUUCCAGAUCUUUGACAAGCCUGCCAGCAUGCCCACUGAAUGUGUGGAGGUGAACCACUGUGGGACCCAGGCUCCGGUGUGGCUGUCUCUGGGGGAAGGGGAAACUCUGCCACGCCCCCUGGAGGUGAAGCAGCUCACUGCAUGUGCAACCUGGCAGUUUGUCUUCAGCAGCAGCAAGGACUGCUGUCUCUUCCGCAUCCCCGUCACUGUGCGGAACUGUGGUGACUUCUACGUGUACCUGCUGCAGCCAACACAGGGGUGUAUGGGCUACUGUGCGCAGGUAAUGCCAGACUCAAAGCCAGCUGUCUGUGGCCCGGAGGAGAUGGACAUGGAUGGGAUUUGUAAAGAAAAAGGCCCCCCUUCGCCAAGGCCACCUGAGAUCGCAGCAGAGAUUUCGGGCCACAGCGUCUUCCUGAAGUGCAGUUUUGGGGGUCAGAGUCCAAACAGCUCUUUGGGGUACAUUGUGGCAUGGUCUCGCCUCUCCCCCGAAGGACACAAAGAGGAGCUUAAACAGGAAACGACCGUCCAGACCUUCUCUUUCAUUGAGCUGGAUGGAAUUAACCUACGACUGGGGGACAAGAUUUACUGUGGCUGCUCCAGUUUCUUCCUUGACUCGCCACAUGUUCGAGGGACGCCCGUGGAAAGCAAGGAGUUCUUUGCUGGGAUCAGGUUGAAUCCAGAGACGAUAUCUAUCUCAGAGGAUGGAGAAGAGUAUGAGUUGACCUUGGAGAGCACGGUUCCUGUCCCCUGCUCCUCUGAAAGCCAACCAACUGAGGAGUGCACUCUCACAUUACACCUGAGUCUGAGCAAUCAAGGGGAGGAUCACCUAGGCCCAAAUCUGGCCCUUUCUGCCUGUCAGGUGGAGCUCCCACGAUCUCCCUGUCACAAUGGGAGCUGUAGCUCCGCCUCGGUCCACUUCACUGCAGUGACUGACUUUGUCCAGGAUGGAGACAGGACCACCGCCAUCUGGGUCAAACCCAUUGUCAGUCAAAACUUCCUGUGGAGUGGCUACACACCCGAGAGUGUGAAGAUCCAUGUAAAGGAUGUUCCAUCUGCAUACUGCUACUCUUUCACUGACCCUCAUAUCAUUACAUUAGAUGGCAGGAAGUAUGAUAAUUAUAAGACGGGGACCUUUGUGCUGUACAAGAGCACUGUGUGGGAGUUUGAAGUCCAAGUUCGCCAGUGGGAGUGUAGCAGCCUACAUUACCCAUCAUCCUGUGCCUGUGGUUUUGUGGCCCGAGAUGGAGGCAACCUCAUCUCCUUCGACAUGUGUGACGGAGAGCUGCAUGACACAAAGCCACAACUCUCUGUGAAGAAAAGAGACACUGCACGAAGGAGCGUUCGCAUUACAGAGUCAUACCAGGGCAGGAAAGUUACGAUCACAUUCUCUUCGGGAGCCUUCGUGCGUGUGGACGUGGCUGAAUGGGGGAUGAGUCUGACCAUCAGAGCCCCCAGCUCAGACUUUGGCCACACAGAGGGCCUGUGUGGGACCUUCGAUGGGGAUCCCCAGAAUGACUUUCACAAACCAGGGGGUGACUCUGCACAGGAUGUUGGAACAUUCAUUUCUGCUUGGAAGGUGCCACCUGGCAGCAGCUUGUUCGACAGCAUGCCAUCCCUCGAAAGCUCCUCAAACUCCAGGAACUACUGCAAUUGUGAGCGGGAGUCACGCCAGUCAUCUGCCAGACUCCAGCCUCAUCUGGAACCCGGUCACCUGACCUCCUGCUCUCACCAUGACAACGUCAGGCUCCCGGCGGUAAUACCAUCCCUGGAUGUCACAGCUGAAUACAUCAACUCUGCGGAUCUUGUCAAAGGGGUGGACAAGCAGCAGGUUGCGAGCUCCCUGAGGGGACAGGCUGUCCGCCACAGCCAGGGCGGAUGGGCCAGUGAUGGCGCCUUUCACCUCACUCUGGGGGCCCACCCCGACGGACCCAGCGACGGGCUGCGAGCUCGGAGCAGAAGGAGGCGACAGGCCUACACGUUUGUCUCCAACUUCCCCUUCCAGAGCCUAAGUCAGUCUGACAUCGAGGGCUUUGCCUACUUCUUCCCCGAAGACCACGUGGAUAGCCAAUCGGAGCCCUCGGCCCCACCCACCUGGCCUACGGAGUCCGGCCUGACACGGGGCCACGCCUUGCAGCUUUGCCGGCACACUGUUGCCAACUCGAGCGUGGGUGCGGGCUGCGGGCGGUUGCUGGGAGAGGUACUGGGCAGCGUGGUGGACAUGUGCAUGGCUGACCUGCAACUUAAGGAUGAUCUGGCUUGGCUGGGCAGCGCACUGCCCCUGCUGGAGAACGAGUGCGAGCGCAGGCUGGUGCGGGACGGGGAGAGCAGUCAGCACCAGGACAUCCUGUCUUUCCUGAAGUGCCCCAGCCUCUGCAGUGGGAACGGCCAGUGCUCCGAGUGGGGCUGUGUCUGUUUCCCUGGGUUUGGAUCCUACGAUUGUAGCGUGCUCUCUGAUCAGAUCCCAGAGAUCACCGAGCUGGAGAAAGCAGGACUCUGUGAUGUCCGGCAGUAUGACUGCUCCACCGUCCGUGUGUUUGGUCAGGGGUUCAAAGACUCCUUUGAACUCAAAUGUGAAGUUGUGAAGGAGAAGUUUGUCAAUGGGGAGUGGAUACUGGAGGACCCACAGUUCAUUCCAGCCUCCUUCCUCAGUGCCACGUCCCUGGACUGCAGGCUCCCUCUGGAGAGUAGCCAGUCCUUUGACACCCCGGACUUGGACAUGGUGGACGACAAACCAAUCGCCAGAUGGCAAAUUCGAGUGUCCAAUGAUGGGUACAGCUUCAGCAAUGCAAAGAUCCUGACUCUGUUUGAUGGGGCAUGUCAGGUCUGCACACCCCAGACUGAAGGAGUCUGUACUCUGAAGGAGAAGACGUGUAACAUUGACGGACUGUGCUAUGGAGAGGGGGACCUCAAUCCCAGCAGCCCUUGCCUGAUGUGCCGCCCUGAUGUUUCCAAAUUCUCAUGGUCAAUCACAGAAAAGAACGAGCCCCCAGUGUUCCAGGCAGCUCAGGCCAAGCUGCAGACCUUCCAGGGGGAGAACUUUGUGUACCAGUUCCUGGCAUCGGACCCCGAGGGCUCGGCGGUCCUCUUUACCCUGGAGUCGGGUCCAGAGGACGCCGUGCUCUCUCCAGCUGGCCUGCUCAUCUGGAAGGUGUCGUCCACCUCUCCGCAGACCUUCCAGUUCGCUGUCACGGAUGACUGCAGUGCAGAAACAAGGGCGUUUGUACAGGUCUCAGUGCGACCAUGUGACUGUCAGAACGGCGCUUCCUGUGUCACAGAUAUUAAGUUCCCCCCCGGGAGUGGAGAGUACCUGUGCGUCUGCCCUCCAGGGUUUGAGGGGGACAGGUGUGACGUUGACACAGACGACUGUGGGUCCAGCCCCUGUCACUUGGGCAGGUGUGUGGAUGGACUUAACUCUUACACCUGCAUCUGUCCACCUGGACUGACAGGUACAUCGUGUGGAGAGGAUGUGGAUGAAUGUGCUUCAGCACCUUGUUUCCCUGGAGUUGGCUGCAACAACACUUUGGGAUCGUUUAUGUGCGGACCCUGCCCUGCGGGAUAUGCUGGAGAUGGGAGGAGCUGCAAACGUGAUGACCGUGAUGCAAGCCCUAGUGGGAGGAGCCAGGGAUCUCUCAGACCCAGAUCUGGUCCUGUGGCCCUGAACCCCUGUUCCAGGCGACCAUGUUUCCCAGGUGUGCAGUGCUUUGAGAGCCCACUCCUGACCGCUGGCUACACCUGCGGGCCCUGUCCAUCUGGGCUCCAUGGCAACGGCCACACCUGCACAAGGGGCUCUCCAACUGGGCAGAGGCCUGUCUCUGGCACUGCAGUCGAGGUGGAGUCCGUUUGGGACAGGCGACUGUCCUCCAGUGACCGGAGGACUCCCGCAGGCACAUUGACGCAGGACAGGAACACAGGACAGGUCCGCAAGGCCGGGGCCAGCCGAGACAGGACACCGCCCCGGCACACCGGUCCAGAGGGGACAGUUCCCCCACGUCCCCUGGUGACAUGCGCAGACUCUCCCUGCUUCUCCGGAGUUCCCUGUGAGCCCUCCCAAACAGGGUCCUUCAAGUGCGGGCGCUGUCCCUAUGGAUACACUGGGGAUGGAGUCAACUGCAAAGCGGUGUGCCGGUACCCCUGUGGACGUAACAUGGAGUGCUCCAGACCCAACACCUGCACCUGCAAGGAAGGCUACACUGGAUAUGGCUGUCACAUAGCUGUGUGCCGGCCGGACUGUAAGAACCGAGGGAAGUGUGUGAAGCCAAACACGUGUGCCUGUGCCCUGGGGUACAGUGGGCUGUCCUGUGAGGAAGCUAACUGUGAGCCUCCCUGUCAACACGGCGGAACCUGUCUCGCCAGAAACCUCUGCACCUGCCCCUACGGCUACGUGGGACCCCGAUGUGAAACAAUGGUGUGUAACAGGCACUGUGAAAACGGAGGAGAGUGUGUGUCUCCUGAUGUAUGUAAGUGCCAGUCGGGCUGGUAUGGGCCCACCUGUAGCUCAGCACUCUGUAAGCCAGUAUGUCUGAAUGGUGGGACCUGCAUAAAACCCAAUGUGUGCGUCUGCCCCAGUGGGUUCUAUGGCUCUCAGUGCCAGAUUGCUGUCUGUAAUCCUCCUUGUAAGAACGGGGGGCAGUGCAUGAGGAACAAUGUGUGCUCCUGUCCUGAAGGCUACAAUGGAAAACGAUGCCAAAAGAGUGUGUGCGAUCCUAUGUGCAUGAACAAAGGGAAGUGCGUGGGCCCUAACGUCUGCUCCUGUGCAUCUGGCUGGAGAGGGAAGAAGUGCAGUGUCCCGGUAUGCCUGCAGAAGUGUAGGAAUGGUGGUGAGUGUGUGGGUCCCAACACUUGCCAUUGUCCAGCUGGAUGGGAGGGGUUUCAGUGUCAGACACCAAUUUGCAAGCAGAAGUGUCUUUAUGGUGGGCGAUGUGUUCUACCCAACUUUUGUCACUGCCGCCCUGGCUACACAGGCGUGGCCUGUGGGAAAAAGGUUCCACAGGGAUGAGUGUCAUUUAAGGGGGUGCCGAAGGAGCUGCAAAUGUGAUAAACUGCUGGGAGUUCUAAACCCAUGAGAAGUACAGCAUUGAGAGGAAGUGUGUGUGUGUGUGUGUGUGUGUGUGUGUGUGCGUGUGUUUCUGUAUGCGUGUGAUUUGCUUUGAGAUAAUAAUCAGAGACAAUGAAAAUAGACCUUUCUCAGUGUCCAUCUGUCACUACCUCAUGACACUGUGUACUGUGUGGGUUCUUUGGGUUUUCUCAAAACUUAACCCGCCUUUAACCUUUGACCUUUGUCUCAUAGUGUGAUCUUUUUUCAUAAUUUGAUUGAUAUUAUUCUCAAAAGUUUUAUUCAGUCCCGGCUUUAUCAUGUAAUGCUACUUAAGUUCAUUUUUAGUGUGUGUGUUACUGAGUGUGUGUUUUUCAUUAAUUGAUGUGCACUGUGUCAUUUUACACAAUACUAUGCCUGAAACAAUGUUAAAGUAACAUGUUUUCUCAUUUGUAUACAACAUACAUAAUUGAUUAAUUUAAUUCCCUCUUUGCUCAUAAUAGUUUAAUGUUUCCCUGAAAGCAAAACAUAAACUAGUAACACACUUUCUUGACUGUUCACAUUUGCCAAGUCUGCUUGUGAGUAAUUAUGAGUUUUAUUUUUCUCUUUCAUAUUGCUGUAUAUUAAAGAGUGAAAGCAAAUUUACUUAAAAAUCUUGUGCAUUGAAAAAAAGUCAGAUGAAGAAAGUCGAAUACAGAACUUGGAUCUGUAUCAGUAUUUGGAGCAUUAAACCUAUUCUGAAAAUAAAUUAUAGUUGUUCAGUAUUUUAGAUAUAUUUACUUUUGCUGUAAAUCAAGUAUUUUUAAAAUAAAAUAUUUUUAUCUGUA